CCUCGCUCAUUGACGUGGUAGCCGUCACCGAGACACUUGACAGAGGCUCCAUUGCACCGUCUACGGACGCUGGUGAUUCCAUCACCGAAGCAACCACCUUACUUGCACCUAUCAGACCAACUGAUCGCAUUGAAACAGGCUCUCUUGCCCCCAUAUGGGCUGUAGGGGUAGCCAUUGUGAUUGCUGUGGUCUGUAUAGGCCUGAAUUUAGGCCUGUUAUCAGCCUACAUCUGUUAUCGAAGGAAACGGUCACGGAAACAGACAGCUCAAAUAACCAUCAACAAAGGUCCUACCCUGCAUGCCUAUAAUCCGACCCUUUAA